UGUGUGGUGUCACGUGGUUAACGCGGACCGGUUAAAACCGACGGAAAGCGGCCGGAGUUUCUGCACCGACUUGUGGGUAGAAGAGCAACCUGCAGCCCGCACACCUCUGCACACACAGCUCUGCACACACACUAUCUCCCCGGUUAUGUCCUCUCUCUGCGUGCUGCGGACCCGCCUGCCCGCCGCCAUGCAGAGGCGCUUCAGCCUGGAUGUCUCCGCUCCUCUGCUCCGGACGCAGGGCUACAUCGACGGCCGCUGGGUCUCCGCAGCCUCGGUGUUCCCGGUGCUGGACCCGGCUACCGGGGAGGAGAUCGCCCGGGUGUCGGACUGCGGCCCGGCCGAGGCCAAGCAGGCUGUGGACGCUGCCUACAGAGCCUUUCACUCCUGGAAGCUCCGCAGCGCCAAGGACAGGAGCGUGGUGCUCAGGAAGUGGUUCGAUCUGCUGACGCUGCACAAAGAGGACCUCGCCAGACUCAUCACCUUCGAAUGUGGAAAGCCCCUGCAGGAGUCCCGCGGGGAGAUAGCGUACGCCGCCUCCUUCCUGGAGUGGUUUUCGGAGGAGGCUCGGCGAGUGUACGGAGACGUGGUCCCCUCCCCCUCUAGAGACCGGAAGAUCCUCCUCCUCAAACAGCCCACCGGCGUGGCCUCCAUCAUCACGCCGUGGAACUUCCCCAGUGCGAUGAUCACCAGGAAGGUGGGCGCGGCGCUGGCGGCCGGCUGCACGGUGGUGGUGAAGCCGGCCGAGGACACGCCGCUGUCCGCCCUCGCUCUGGCCGAGCUGGCGGAGCAGGCGGGGGUCCCAGCGGGGGUCUUCAACGUGGUCCCCUGCUCCCGGGAGAAGACUCCCUCUGUCGGGCAGGUUCUCUGCACCGACCCCCUGGUGGCCAAAAUCUCCUUCACCGGCUCCACGGCCACCGGCAAGGUACUUCUGAAAAUGGCCGCCGACACGGUGAAGAAGGCGUCCAUGGAGCUGGGAGGCCACGCCCCCUUCAUCGUGUUCGACAGCGCAGACGUGGAAAUGGCCGUCAGCGGCGCCAUGAACUCCAAGUUCAGGAACUCCGGACAGACGUGCGUGUGUUCGAACCGCUUCCUGGUGCAGAGCAAGAUCCACGAUGUGUUCGUGGAGAAGCUCGGCCGAGCGAUGGACGCCGAACUCGUGCUGGGUCACGGCUCGGAGCCCAGCACCACGCAGGGCCCGCUGAUCAACAACAGAGCUGCAGAGAAGGUGGAGGCCCAGAUCUCGGACGCGGUGUCCCGGGGGGCGAAGGUUCUGCGGGGGGGGCGGCGUCUGGACGGCUCCUUCGUGCAGCCCACGCUCCUCACUGGCGUCUCCACAGACAUGAUCUGCACCCGGGAGGAGACCUUCGGCCCGCUGCUGCCCGUCAUCAGGUUUGACACGGAGGAGGAAGCUCUGGCCAUCGCCAACGCUUCUAAUGUCGGGCUGGCAGGGUACUUCUUCUCGCAGGACGUGAGUCAGAUCUGGCGCGUGGCGGAGGCGUUGGAGGUGGGGAUGGUGGGAGUGAACGAAGGCCUCCUCUCCACCCCGGAGGCCACGUUCGGGGGGGUCAAGCAGUCCGGGCUGGGCCGCGAAGGCUCCAAAUACGGCGUGGACGAGUAUCUGGAGGUCAAGUACAUGUGCUUCGGAGGCCUCAAGCCCUGAAGGGAGGCAGCAGGGAAAUACAAUCAAAGUAUAAGUGCAGUAAUCUGUCAAGGUGGUCAUACCUGUAGAUCUCAGGUUCUUAAAUUAACUUAACGUACCUAUGACCAAUACAUCUCAAAUAACCCCUUUUUUUAAAUGUGAAAUUAGUAUGUUUUCACUAAUCGGAAAAUAGCUCGUUAGGAAAGUAAAACAGGGUCGUUUUUCAUUUCUUUUUUUUUCAAAGGAAAUUGUCUUUCGGGCAACGAUUUGAUGUCGUCAGCUAUAUUGAUUUCUUGGGUUUUAGUCUUUAUGAUUCAAAUCACAAAAAAGUCAAACAAAAAUCAGUUUCUUGAAAGGGAAAACAUGUUUUUAUAACCUGUGACCUUGAGAUACGCAGUCUACCGUUACAUCCCAUGACCUGAGGGGAAUACUCUCUUCUGAUUGGCUGGAGUUGCUGCCUCUGUAAAUCUUUCCAGUUUAGCCCAAAUUACAAUAACUAACGGAUUUACCAUUAACUUUCAAAGAGUGGUCAAAAGCAGUUUUAGAUCUGUUGCUCAACAAGAGAUUAAUAAGUUAGUGGUAAACUCCGUCUGCAGCCAACAUGACGCAUGUAGUUUUACAAAAAAGGCUACAUGGAUAAUAUAAAUAAUUAAAGGAGCUUUUUUUAUUGUUGUUAAAGCUAGUUAGCUCUACACACACAUCACAAAGACCUUAAAACACUUGGUUAGUAAACAAAACAAGAUACUUGGACAAGUGCGAUCUAUAGUAUGCUUUAUUAUCAUUUUCAAAAGAGAAACAUUUUUGAACAUGAUGGAAAAAGUCAUUAAAAUAAAGUCAUUUAAGAGUGGGACAGACAUGCUAACGUUAGCGUAACCUCUGAUAUAUAUAUAUAUAUAUAUAUAUAUAUAUAGAUAGAUAGAUAUAGAUAGAUAUAUAUAUAUAUAUAUAUAUAUAUAUAUAUAUAUAUAUAUAUAUAUAUAUAUAUAUACCAUCAUCCAGGACCUGAGUGGAGCUUUAUAUAAUAUGACUCGUGACGCCACACAACAAUGCAGUUAAUGCUGAUAAAUAUCCCUGUAAGACGGGUUACUGCUGUUCAGUAAUGAGCUAGUUAGCGUUAGCAGCUUACAUGAGAGCAGAGGAAUCGGCUGAGGACAUCAUAUAUGAAAAAUAAUAAACUCUACCCAAUCAGAAUUCAGUAUUUUCUGACGAUGAAGCAAAUGUUCAUAGUGGCCGAACGGCGUACUGUUAUAUUUUCAUUAUUUACAACACCGGAUUGAGUACAAAAACCUCCUCAAACCCACCUGUUCAGACCAGCCCCCUGUCGUGCUACAUGUCCCGCAUCGCUGUCCUGUUGUACCGUUUUUUUAAGAAUACUCUCCGAAUGGUCCUUGGGUGCUUUGUGAGGCACCUCUAAAUAAAAUGUAUUAUUAGUAUGUGUGACAUCCAUAUUUUUCCAUUCAGAAAUAUCUCAAUAACCAAUUGGUAGAUGACAUGGUAACAAAGGCAAUAACAAUAACUCAGAUUUGAUGGUGAGGAGUGACACAAGUGGAGGGUCUCAGUAGCACAAAGGUCUUUGUUUAAAACGGUAACGAAGCUGCACACUUGGCCGUGGUGGAAAAGGGAGAUUUACUGUGAUGAAAUAAAUGAAAACCGUAAGCUAGAUUUUUCAUGUUUCAAUUAGUUUUGUAUGCUGACAUUUGAUUACUUUGGGAUGCAUGGUAUGUGUGUAUUAGUGUGUAUAAAUCAUUAGCAAGAUUCUGAAGUCCUUAAAACAUUGUAAUAAUAUGUUUGACCUUAGGGCUGCUAAAACAUGUUCCAAAGUACAAUAGGCGCUUUCACACCAAGUACUUUUCCCAGGAAGAGUUCCCGGAACUCUUUAGUUCCUGAACUAUCUAGUUGAUCGCGUUCACACCGGAAUAAUUCCCUGAGGGAGGAUUACGCAAAUGAAGCCGCUGACGACACUUCUUCUUCUUCUGCUUUGGGUUUACUGGCAGGCCGCAAACAACUUCACGGCGUAUACUGCCACCCGGAGGCUCCGGGACUUCGGGUGGCAGUAAAUCGCCUCCCGAAGUCCCGGGUAAAUUACCAGAAGUGCCGACACCUCCUCAUCACUCCACCGCUCCCACGUUUUAUUUUGUGUUGCCAUAAGUUAGUCUCUCUCCGUUGGUGCGCUGGGCUAAUGCUAAUGCGAGCAAAUAAAAUGGCGGCUUCACAAAAACCUUUCAGAGUUUUACGGGCCGUGGUUUGCAAUCCGCCCAGCCAAUCAGAAAUUGGAACCUUUUCCUCCCCAGGAAAGUACCACCUCUCUAACAGGGACUGGAAAGGGGGGGGAAAGGUUCCCGAAGAAAAGUUCCAGAUCUUUUUGUUGUGAACGCAAACUCCCAGGAACUAUUGGAACCAUUCCUGGGAAAAGUACUCCGGUGUGAAAGCGCCUAUUAAGAUAAUCCUUUAUUGAUCCUACAGCGUGGACAUUUGCAAAUAACUGAAUGACUUUAAAAGUGGAAAACAUGACCCUAAGGUUUGUUAGACAUGCGUCUAGUUUUUAAGAAGAAAUACAUGUUAGCAUCUCUCUCUCUGUGAUGUAAUGACUAUUGUAGUUUCAUAAAAACCUUGUAACUGUAGGGUGAUGUUGUUCGGCAGGUUGUGUGUCCCCCCCCCCCCCCCAAUUAUGGUUCCCAAAGUGCCAUUUAACUGACUUUUUGUAAUUAGUUGUAUGGAUCUCGCCUUUUUGUGAUUAAAUAUUGCUUUAAUGUCAUUGUUAUAUUUUAAUGUAAAAAUAAAAAUAUUAAUUUUUGUAUUUCUGACUUUAGAUAUGAAUCAAACAUUAAAAGAGGAAAUUGUUAUAUUA